AUGGCGAGGCGCAAAGCUGAAUCGAUCGCUGAAUCAGAGGCUCUUUCCGAGGAAAAGAGCCCAAGAUGGUGUUCUGGAGUGAUAGAGGCGGAGCCGUGCACAGUUUCAGUAUCAGCGUCAGAGUCGCAGCGGAUUAGCGAGGAAUUUACUGCAGAGUCGCGGCAGAUCUGCAGAGGAGUCGAGGCUGAGUUGUUGCCGGAAUCGCAGUGGGUUGUGCUCGCGCCGGUCUCACGCGCCAUUUUCGCUGAAUUAGAAUCUUCACUCUUGAGGAGCAGAGACAUGGCAAUCGGUUUCAUGGAGGUGCAGCUUGUGAAAGCAAAAGGCCUGCGUAACACUGAUAUCUUUGGUAAAAUGGAUCCCUAUGUUCUGAUACAAUACAAAGAUCAAGAGAAAAGGAGCAGUGUCGCUAAUGGUCAGGGCAAGAAUCCGGUAUGGAAUGAAAAAUUUAUCUUCAUAGUGGAGUAUCCUGUUGGAUCAAACCAUCAAGACAAGAUCAUCUUCAAAAUUAUGGAUAAAGACUCGUGUAAAGACGACUUUGUUGGACAAGCCAUAAUUCAUGUGGGGGAUUUAUUGGCCCAAGGAGUAGAGAAUGGAGGAGCCAAGUUACAAACUGUCAAGUAUAGAGUGGUUCGUGCAAACAAGUCUUAUUGCGGAGAAAUUGAUGUUGGUGUUACUUUUACUCCAAAGGUGGAAGACAAAUUUGUUGAAGAAGAGAUUGGAGGAUGGAAAGAAAGUGAUUACUAUCUAUCAAGGCUAAUUAACAUAUGA